AUGCAAAAAUCACAUCACCUUGUAUCUAUAAAUAAAGGAUAUACUCCACUUCUUCUUGCAACAUCUACUCAUAAACUUGAAGUUGUUAAAUAUCUUAUCUCUGUUGGAGCUAAUAAAGAAGCAAAGACUAAUUAUGAAUCUACUCCACUCGUUAUUGCAUCAGCUAAUGGUAAUCUUGACAUUGUUAAAUAUCUUAUCUCAGUUGGAGCUAAUAAAGAAGCAAAGAAUAAACCUGGAUAUACACCACUCAUUUAUGCAUCAAUUAAUGGUCGUCUUGAAGUUGUUAAAUAUCUUAUCUCAGUUGGAGCUAAUAAAGAAGCAAAAGAAAAUAAUGGAUAUACACCACUCAUUUCUGCAUCACAUUAUGGUCAUCUUAGCGUUGUUCAAUACCUUAUCUCAGUUGGAGCUAAUAAAGAAGCAAAGGAUAAUUAUGGACAAACUCCACUCAUUCACGCAUCAAGAGAAGAUAGUCUUGAAGUUGUUAUAUAUCUCAUCUCAGUCGAAGCAAAGAGUAAUGAUGUAAAAACUGCAAUGAUGGUUGCAAAAGAUAAAGUAAGAGAUUACUUAAAAACUAUUUAUGCCAAUUAG